AUGUUGCUCUCAACCCUGCAGUACAGAGGAGGCUGGGACAUUUCCAAGUUUGCCAUGCAUUUCAUUGUGGAGGAAAUAGAUGAAGACACGUCCAUGGAAGAACUACAGAAGAUGAUGCUGGUCGCCCUGGUCUACCGGAUACUAGUGUGUUUCUAUGAGAUUGUGUGUAUCUGGGGAGCAGGGGGCGCCACUCCGGGGAAGUUUCUCAUUGGUCUCAGAGUGAUAAGCUGUGAUUCCUCUGUCCUGGUUCAACCCAACCGGGCCGUGGUGCCUGCCACUAACGUCACUCUCUCUGCAUCGACAGUCCGAGCCUUGAACAAAAACUUCUCCAUUGCCUUCUUGUUCCCAGCCUUCAUCACGGUCUUCUUCUUCCAACACAACAGGACUGUGUAUGACAUGGUGGCUGGCACUAUCGUUGUCAAGCGCACCGGAGCCAGAUGACCAUUCUGAUUGGUUAAGGCCAAGCUAAAGCCUGGCUGGGACCUGGCUACUAUUUAAUUUGA